CCUGCAAAGCAGACGGCUCAGUGAGCGGAGCUGGGGAGAGGGAGAGCUGCUGGCUCCGGAUGAGCUCUGCCCCCGAGACGCUGCAUCCGAGUCCCCGCCGCCGCCGUCGCCCAUGGAGGACGCCGUGCACAGCCUGCAGGAGAGGCAGUUACUGGAGGGCAGGGAUUUCCUGGGGAUGGAUUACCCCUCGCUGUACCUGUGCAAGCCCAAGAGGGGCAUCAAGAGGGACGAGGGCAAGGAGACGUACAAACUGCCCCACAGACUCAUCGAGAAGAAGCGGCGCGACCGGAUUAACGAGUGCAUCGCCCAGCUGAAGGACCUGCUGCCCGAGCACCUCAAACUCACCACGCUCGGACACUUGGAGAAGGCUGUCGUUCUGGAGUUAACUUUAAAGCACUUGAAAGGUUUGACGUCGCUGACGGAGCAGCAGCACCAACAGAUCGUCUCGUUACAGAGCGGGGAUCGCGCCAUGAAGUCGCCCGUUCGGGCCGAUCUGGACGCGUUCCACUCCGGGUUCCAGACCUGCGCCAAAGAAGUGCUUCAGUAUCUGUGCCGGUGUGAGAGCUGGACCCCCCGGGACCCCCGCUGCACCCAGCUGCUCAACCACCUGCACAGCGUGUCCGGCCAGCUGCUCCUCCAGCCCCUCGCCGCCCCCAAACCCUGCCCCCUUCCACCCAACCGCGGACCCCCAAAGCUGGAGAACCAAACCAACUGCGUGCCGGUCAUCCAGCGCACGCACAACGUGGAGCUCAGCGAGAACGACACGGACACCGACAGCGGCUACGGGGGCGAGGGCGAGAAGCCGGAAACCACGGCCCCCGACGGGGCCAAGGGCCAGAGAGGGGGCAACGUGACGGUCAAACAAGAGCCGCUGGACGAGCCGGCCCCGAAGAGGUUCAAGCCGGACUGCGGAGGGGCCGAGGCGGCCGGGAGAGCCGACGCCACCCUGCUUAACUCUUUAAUGGGAUUUGGUGGCGGCCCCUUUGGACAGCAGGCGCCUUUCUGUUUGCCGUUUUACUUCAUUUCCCCAUCCGCCGCAGCUGCCGCCGCUGCCUACAUGCCCUUCCUGGACAAGGGGGGUUUGGAGAAGUACCUCUACCCGGCGGCCGCUGCCACCCCCAUCCCCCUAAUCUACCCCGGAAUAUCUGCCCAGGCCGGGGGCGCCUUCCCGUGCCUGUCCUCGCUGUUACCCCCGGAGAAGGUGCCCGUCCUACUCCCAGAACUGUCGGACAGGGUGCCGGCCGACGACCUCCACGAGCCCUUACAAGACCUUUUGCAGCCCGCCAAGGAAAAUUAACCCCGAAAAGACUGGAACGCCCCAAAAAAUCCCCGCGACCCAACAGAGCGAGAAAAAAAAAAAAAAAAAAAAGACGAAUGACUUUGUAGCGAGUUCUGAAAUAAUAUUACCGGAUCGGCCCUCGGGGGAUGGGGAGGGUCCCGCGGGUCUUAGUCUUAUUUAACCCUUGCAGUGCCGGCUGAGCCUUGGUUUGGGGGGGGGAUAAUGCGCCGCAGACCCUUUAUGACGAUGAAUGUACGUUUUCUACAGUAAAAGAGCGUAAGCUUCGGGCACAAA